AUGGAUUCAAGUUCUAAAACCGCCGGAGCAAAUACGCCUGCAAAAGAAUCAAACCGAUCAAAAUUUAAUGAAAUCUCAAAACAAUUAGAAAAUUUCAAUCCCAAUGUGUCGUCUCCAGGUUUUAAAUCAUCUAAUUCUCCAUGUAUGAAGUCUGCAAAAAGUGUUCGCUCCCAAAAAUCUACUUCCAGAAACCAUUACCCUACUGGUAGUAUUCAAGUGGCGUCACCUUCACCGGUGAAGAAAAUUCGGCAGAGGAAGUUCUUGAUUGCAAAAAGGAAAUCGGAAAAGGGGGAAGUGAAUUCUUCGACAGCAGCAUCAGUGGAAUGUAACAAGUGUAAGAAGGGGACAGGAAAACCCAAGUGUUUGUGUGUAGCCUAUGAGAGCCUGAGGGCUUCUCAGGAAGGGUUCUUCAAAAAUAGCAGUAAAAUUGACGAUAAGGUCGAUUUGGAGAAGUUAUGUGAUGAUGAUACAGCGAAUCGGGAGCGUGAAGUUAACCCUAUAAGCCAAAAACCGGAGACUGCCAAAGGAUUUUGUGGCAAAGUGGAGGAAAAUGAUGAUUUAUGUGAGAUUAAUGUGAUGAGUGAGGAUGAUGUAGAUGAGGUCGAGGCGAAUGGUGAAACGGGCACUAAGAGAAGAAGGGGAAGGCAUUUAAAAGAGGGUAGAGAGUGUGCACCGGAGCCAGGGUCUGGCAAGGUGAUGCAUUUGGUGAAGACAUUUGAGAAACUUCUUUCAAUUCCAAAAUCGAGCGAUUCUAAGGAAAAGGAGGUGGACGAAGUGGAGGAUAUUAAUACGGAAAUGAGAAAACCUACUGAGGUUGCCGAAAAACAGGUUUCUCCAUCUUCAUUUAGUCCCUCUGAUGUUUUCCUCACAUUGGAGAGCUUAGGUUUGGAUUCAGUUUCGCACCGUUCUUCUUCACUAGACAGCAGCCAAGGAAGCAUUUCAAGUAAAACUUCUGCUGGUGGUCGAAGAAGCAGAAGAAAAAGCUUCGAAUCAUCUGGAACCUCUGUGAGAAGACAUGGGAGAAGGCAGCUUAAAGCAGCAACUUCUCAAAAGCCCUUCAUGCUCAGAACAGAGCAAAGAGGAAGGUGCAAGGAGGAAGAAUUCAUGAAAAAGGUGCAAAAAAUAAUGGAGGAAGAGGAGAAGUUGCGGAUACCACUUGCACAAGGUCUUCCAUGGACAACGGAUCAACCAGAGUGUUUAAUGAAGCCUUCGGUCAAAGAUAAUACAAGGCCUGCUGAUCUCGUGCUACACAGUGACAUUAGGGCUGUUGAACGUGCUGAGUUUGAUCAUCAGGUGGCCGAUAAAAUGAGCCUUAUUGAACAAUACAAGAUGGAAAGGGAGAGACAGCGAAAGUUGGCUGAAGAAGAAGAAAUUAAGAGGCUGAGGAAGGAGCUCGUUCCUAAAGCUCAACCGAUGCCAUAUUUUGACAGGCCGUUCGUCCCUAGAAGGUCGGUGAAGCAUCUAACUAAUAAGUCCACGGUGCCAAAGGCGAAUGCAUAA